AUCCUCAAACUUCAAAUCUGUGGAGCCAGGAGAAUCGGGGUGACAUCACUUCCACCAUUGGGCUGCAUUCCAGUAACAAGAACUAUAUUACACGAGAGUGGUUGUGUCUCUAGGAUUAACAGUGAUGCCCAAGGAUUCAACGAAAAGCUCAACUCAUCCGCAAUACAACUCCAGCAACAACUUUCCGGCCUUAAGAUUGUUGUGUUCGACAUCUACAAGCCCCUUUAUGAACUAAUUCAAGAUCCAUCAAAACAAGGUUUUGCAGAAGCAGGGAGAGGUUGCUGUGGUACAGGAACUGUAGAGACAACAGUAAUUCUGUGCAAUCCCAAGUCAAUCGGUACUUGCAGCAAUGCGACUCAGUAUGUGUUUUGGGAUAGUGUGCACCCGUCUCAGUCAGCUAAUCAAGUUCUAGCUAAUGCCUUGAUUUCCCAAGGAAUCAGCCUCAUAGGAUGAUCCAAGAAUUUACUACCUCUUUCAUAUGUAAAUGUUGAGGAUGUUACUUCCUUUAUAUCGAGAAAGGAGCCUCUCCUUUCCUGCUAAUCUGUAGUCCUAAUAAAGAAAGUAGCAUAUUAAAAUA